AUGAACAUGGAUAUUGCGAAACCCGUGGGUGCGGAAAUCACCAGGGUCGACUUUGGACUGUAUAGUCCAGAGGAGAUUCUGCAGCUUUCUGUCACACAGAUUACUAAUCCCACGACCUUUGAUGCGUUGGGCAACCCCAUCUCGGGAGGUCUUUACGAUCCUAAGCUUGGAGCGUUUUUGCGAAACAACUGCGCCACAUGUAAUCUCGACAACCGGUUCUGCCAGGGUCAUCCCGGCCACAUUGAGCUGCCCAUGCCCGUCUACAACCCUCUCUUCUUCACCCAGCUGUGGGUGCUGUUGCGAGCAGCAUGUCGUUUCUGCGGCCAUUUCCGAACCUCCAAGGCUGAGGUGCACAAAAUCUACUGCAAGCUGCGACUUCUGCAAUACGGACUUGUCGGUGCUGCUGCAGAGAUCGACAAUAUCAAGUCCUUUAUGAAGGAGUCUGACGACGACGUGGUCCAGGACGAUGCCAGUGCGUCCGUUGACGCUGCGGUCAUGGACAGACAGAGCAAAUUUACCGAGAAGACCAUUGCCGAGGCUCUCAAGGAGGGUGUCACCACUCCUCAGGGUGUUCAGACCGCCACCGUGCUGGAGGAGCGAAAGUUUGUCAUUCGAGAUUUCUACAAGCUGCUGGUGGCCAAGAGCCAGUGUGCCCAGUGUGGUAUGCACUCUCCCGCCUACCGAAAGGAUGGUAUUUCCAAGAUCUUCGAGAUGCCUCUGUCCGAGAACAAGGAGAAGGUCAACCAGAGCAAGGGUCUGCGGGCACGAAACAUGAUCCGAGAUCGAUCCGACCCCAUCAACGAGUACCCCCUUCCCAAGGCCGGCGCAAACGGCCGAUACCUGCUGAGUUCGGAGGUGCGAAACAUUCUUGUGACUUUGUUUGAGCAUGAACAGCAGCUCAUGUCUGUGCUAUUCCGAAACAGACCCAACUUUGACAGCCAGUCUAUUUCCGGCGACAUGUUCUUUCUCAAAAACAUUGUUGUCCCUGCCACCCGGUUCCGUCUUCCUGCUGCUCGAGGUGAGGAGGUUGUUGAGUCUACUACCAACACCCUUCUUGUAAAGGUGCUUUCUACCGGCAUGAAGAUCCGAGACCUUAACGGCACUAUUGCCAAGAUGCGAUUGGAGAAGAUUGGACUUCCAGAGCGAAAGGUGACUUUUGCCGCUCUCAUGAACGCUUUUGUCGAGCUUCAAAACGAUGUCAACGGUUUCAUUGACAGCACAAAGGGUAACCAAAAGACUGGAUCUGUGCCUGUCCCUGGUAUCAAGCAGACCCUGGAAAAGAAGGAGGGUCUGUUUCGAAAGAAUAUGAUGGGUAAGCGAGUCAACUACGCCGCUCGAUCCGUUAUUUCUCCCGAUCCCAACAUCGAGACCAACGAGAUUGGCGUUCCUCCCGUCUUUGCCGUUAAGCUCACCUACCCCGAGCCCGUGACUCCCUACAACGUCGCCGAGCUGUCGCGAGCUGUCAUCAAUGGCCCCGAUGUUUGGCCCGGUGCUAUCCAGAUCCAGACAGAGGACGGUAAGAUGAUCUCUCUGGAGGGUAUGACUCUGGAGCAGCGAACUGCCACAGCCAACCAGCUUCUGACCCCAUCAGCUAACGCCUCUGGCUUCACUAACAAAAAGGUCUUCCGGCACAUCCGAAACAACGAUGUGGUGCUCAUGAACCGACAGCCCACUCUGCAUAAGGCUUCCAUGAUGGGCCACCGAGUGCGAGUCCUGCCCAAGGAGAAGACUCUGCGUCUGCAUUACGCCAACACUGGUGCUUACAACGCCGAUUUCGAUGGUGAUGAGAUGAACAUGCAUUUCCCCCAGAACGAGAACGCCCGAGCUGAGGCUCUCCUUCUGGCCAACACAGACUCUCAGUACCUUACUCCCACCUCUGGUAAGCCCCUUCGAGGUCUGAUUCAGGACCAUAUUUCUGCUGGUGUCCUGCUGACCUCCAAGGACACCUUUUUUACCCGACAGGAGUACCAGCAACUCAUCUACGGAUGCCUGCGACCCGAGGAUGGCCACACUGCUGAUGUCGGUCGAAUCCAUACUGUUCCCCCUGCUGUCAUCAAGCCUGUCCCUCUCUGGACCGGUAAGCAGGUCAUCACCACUGUUCUCAAGAACAUCACUCCUAUUGGCCGACCUGGUCUUAACCUGAAUGCCAAGAAUAAGGUCAAGAACGAGUACUGGGGUGAGGGAUCCACUGAGAACUCUGUCAUCUUCCAGAACGGUGAACUUGUGUGCGGUAUCCUCGAUAAGUCGCAGUAUGGUGCUGCCGACUACGGUCUUGUGCACUCCAUCCACGAGAUUUACGGUGCCCACAUUGCCGGCAAACUUCUGUCUGUGCUAGGUCGUCUGUUCACCCGAUACGUCAUGAACAUUGGCCUGACUUGUGGUAUGGACGAUCUGUGGCUUACUGCUGAGGGUAACAACUGGCGAACCACCACCCUGGAGGGUGCCAAGGAUGUCGGUGUCAAGGCUGCUGCCGAAGUCACCAACUUGCCCGAGGACACUGACCCCGAGGAUCCCGAGCUUCUCAAGCGUCUAGAGGAGAUUCUGCGUGACGACAACAAGCUCGGCAUUCUCGAUGCCAUCUCUCAGUCCAAGGUCAACGCUGUCACUACCUCUGUGGUUUCUCAGUGUAUUCCCAACGGUACCAUGAAGCGGUUCCCCCAAAACGCCAUGCAGCGAAUGGCCCUGUCGGGAGCCAAGGGAUCCAACGUCAACGUUUCUCAGAUUAUGUGUGGUCUUGGUCAGCAGGCUCUUGAGGGUCGACGAGUCCCUGUGAUGGUUUCCGGCAAGACUCUUCCCGCUUUCAAGCCCUUUGAGACUGAUGCUAUUGCUGGUGGAUUUGUUGCUUCUCGUUUCUUCUCAGGCAUCCGACCCCAGGAGUACUACUUCCAUUGUAUGGCUGGCCGAGAAGGUCUUAUUGAUACUGCCGUCAAGACUUCUCGAUCCGGUUACCUGCAGCGAUGUCUUAUUAAGCAGCUGGAGGGUGUCCACUCUACUUACGACAACACUGUUCGAGACUCUGACGGAGCUCUUAUUCAGUUCAUGUACGGUGGAGACAGUGUCGAUGUCAUAAAGGAGUCCCAUCUUCAGCAGUUUGAUUUCUGUGUCGAGAACUUCCAAGCCAUGGUUCACAAGCACCAGCCCGGUGGUAACGUCGACAACCUCGAUACCGAUACCGCCAUUGAGUACGCUAAGAAGGCUAAGAAGAAGGCUAAGAAGGCCACUUCCGAUGCCGAGCUUCCCGAGCCCACCAUUUCUCUCUACAACCCUGCCAAGUACCUUGGAUCCGUCUCCGAGGAAUUCUCCAACUCUUUGGAGGCCUACAUUGCUUCCCGACCUGAUGUUUUCCCUCCUAAGAAGUCUGGCAAGAAGUCCACCUACGCUGAUCAGGGUGUAACCGAAAAGAAGUUCCGAUCCCUCAUGCAACUCAAGUACAUGCAGUCCACUGUCAACCCCGGUGAGGCUCUUGGUAUUAUCGCUUCUCAGUCCAUUGGUGAGCCUUCCACUCAGAUGACUCUUAACACUUUCCAUUUCGCCGGUCACGGUGCCGCCAACGUGACACUGGGUAUUCCUCGAAUGCGAGAAAUCAUUAUGACUGCUUCCAAGAGUAUUAUGACUCCCCAGAUGUCCCUACCUGUUCUUCCUGAUGUUUCCGAUGCUGAAGCCGAGACUUUCUGUCGAUCUGUUCAGCGAGUUGUUCUUUCCGAGUUUGUUGACUACAUUGAGGUGACCGAGAAGACUCGAGCGGAGACCAUGACUCAGGGUGCUGCUCGAUCUUUCGACGUCAAGAUGCAGUUCUACACCGCCAAGGAGUACGAGGAGGAAUACGAUGUCUCUCCCGACAUGCUCAAGAAGCGAAUUGCUCUGCAUUAUCUGAACCGAAUCGAGAAGGCUGUCGUCAAGGAGCUCCGAGAUCAGCGAGUUUCCAAGGAAGUCGAUGGUGCGAUCACUGAGGUCAAGGAGACCCGAUCCAAGGCGCCUUCCAAGGCUUCUGAUGAAGCCGACGACGAGGAUGACGAUGAGGACGAAGACGAGGCUAAGGAGAAGCGAUCUACCAAGCAGUCAGUUUCUUACGAUGAGGGUGAAGAGGAGCACAAGACCGCCAAGGAUGCUGUCGAGGGUGACUCUGACUCUGAUUCUGACUCUGAUUCUGACUCUGAGGGCGAGAAUGUUAUGAGCGACACUGAUGAUUCUGACGUUGAGAUGGCUGAUGAUGAGGAGGAGGGCGAGGAUGAUAUUCUGUCUCGAUACAAGACCAUCAAGUCCUUCAAGUUUGACAAGCAGGGCGAGUGGUGCACCUUCACCAUCAUGCUUCCUGGUGAUACCAAGAAGCUGCUGAUGGUGAACAUUCUCGAGGACCUGUGCCGAUCUCAGGUCGUUCGAGAGAUCCCCAACAUUGGUCGAUGCAUCUUCCCCAAGGCCGACAGUCCCAAGGACCGAAAGUUGACCACCGAGGGUGUCAACUUCCGGGAGAUGUGGGAGCAGGGUGAGUUCAUUGAUGUGAACGCCAUCUACUCUAACGACAUUUACGCUGUGCUCAAGACCUACGGUGUGGAGGCAGCUCGAAACACCAUGGUGCAAGAAAUCAACAAUGUGUUCAAGACAUACGCCAUUACCGUGAACCUGCGUCAUCUGGAGCUGAUUGCCGAUAUGAUGACUCGAGAAGGUACUUACCUUGCCUUCAACCGAAUGGGUGUGGAUUCCAACACUUCGCCCUUCCUGAAGAUGUCUUAUGAGACUACCUGUGGUUUCCUGACCAAGGCUGUUCUUGAUGGUGGAUGUGAUGCUCUCGAAUCUCCUUCCGCUCGAAUUGUCAUUGGUCGACUUUCCGGUGUUGGUACCGGUUCCUUCGAUGUCAAGGCUCCCAUUAUUGAGGAGCCUGAAGAGUAA